AUGCCCUUCAUAUGUAGUUUUUCUGGUUCGACUGGAAGCCGGAAUCUAGGGUUUUUCUUGUUCUCGCGACCGCAACGAUGGGUAAAGGAACGGGAAGCUUCGGAAAAAGGAGGAACAAAACGCACACUCUCUGUGUGAGGUGUGGACGCCGCAGUUUCCACAUCCAGAAGAGUCGCUGCUCCGCUUGCGCCUUCCCGGCUGCUCGCAAGAGAACCUACAACUGGAGUGUAAAGGCCAUCAGGAGGAAGACGACUGGCACAGGAAGAAUGAGGUAUCUCCGCCAUGUUCCUCGCAGGUUCAAGACCGGUUUCAGAGAAGGUACGGAAGCAAAGCCAAGGAACAAGGCAGCAGCAUCCGCCUAAGCCAGCCGUUUGAGCUUUGAAGCUUUCACAGGGAAGAGUAAUUUUUUUUUUUUGUAAUUUUGAUUCUCUUAUGAUGGAUACUGCUGUUCAUGGGGAGCUGAUGAAGCAUGUUUCUCUUGGGUUAUCCUCUCCUUCAAUUGUUUUUCGACAGAAGUGGAAUUACUAUUUGCAUUUUGUCAUCAUUCUUUUGGGUUUUUUUUUUUCA